CCACAAAGCAUCCCCCCAAGAGAGCACAGGCAGCCCAAGAAUGGGGGCGUGGAGCAGGAGGCUCCACUAGGCCACAACACCACCAACCUUGUCCCUUCUCUUCUCCAACCUCAUCGCCUCCUCUCUCUCUCUUUCUCUCUCUCUCCUCACUGUAGAAGUUCAAUCACAAACCAACCACUCUCCACCUUCUCUGCCUGUACCUGUUACUGGUUUCUCUGACUCCUCCAUUGACUCCAAUUAUAUAUGUUCUUCGAUAGCUUCUCGGAGAAUAACAUGAAGAACAAGAACGACGCCGACAGGAGGGAUGUUAUCUCGCGCUUCCACCACCACUACCUUCAACAACAGCAACAUCAGCAGCAGCAGAACAAGAAAGAAUGCCUCUCGGAUGAAGUGGACAGCGCAAGGAGCAGCGGAGAGAUCCAGAAGCCGAAAGCCGACGUCGAACAGAACGUGGAGAAAGCUCUAGUGGUGAUCAACAGCCGCGGUGAUGGAGGAGCUGGAGAUGGCGCCACGGUCGAGGUGGCGAAGCGGCGAAGGGGACGCCCCCGGGGCUCCAAGAACAAGCCUAAGCCGCCCGUGGUGAUCUCGCAGGAAGCAGACCCGCUGGCCUCCAUGCGCCCACACGUGCUCGAGAUCCCCGCCGGGCACGACGUGGUCGAAUCGCUUGCCCGCUUUUCGCGCCGCCGCAACCUCGGGAUAUGCAUUCUGGCAGGCACUGGCGCUGUGGCGAACGUAUCUCUCCGCCAGCCGCACUUCGCCGGGGCACCGCCGCCCCCCAACGCCUCCGCGGCGGCCACGUCCAUCGGCUUCCAAGGCCGAUUCGAGAUCCUGUCCAUCUCCGCUUCGUUCUUCCCGCCUGCCAUGGCGGCGUUCUCCACCGGGAUUAGCGGCGAGAUGUCGAUCACCCUGGCAGGUCCGCAGGGGCAGAUCGUGGGCGGGACCGUGACGGGGCCACUGAUGGCGACGGGAACGGUGGUGAUCGUGGCGGCGGCGUUCUCGAACCCGACCUUCCACCGGCUGUCGGUCGAGGACCUAUCGAUGUCGGUCUCAGUGUCCGGCGGCGUCGGUGAACCAGAGGAGCACCAUCACCAGCAUCAACAACAGGAGCAUCGUCCGCGGCGCAACCAGGGGCCAGCGGCGACCACGAUGUCAGCGCCGGAGACCUGUGGCAUGUCCAUCUACAAUGGUCACCUCUCGUCGGAAGUCAUUUGGAUGCCUACCGCCCGCCCGCCGCUUCCACCACCUUUCUAAUGUUAUCCUUAACCCUUGCUUAUUGCUUAUUCCUCUCUCUCUCUCUUCUUCAAUCUCAUGCAGACUUGUUAUUGCACUGGGAAGUCUCUUUUAAGAUUAUUAGGUGUGUUGUGUUCUAUUAGACUUUUAGUCUGUUGGGAUUGCUAUAGUUGCAUCAUUGUGUUACAAAGGAAAUUGAACUUUGUUUCUCAAUUCUCACCUUCAAGUAGUUGGAACUGUUGCACUUCAAACAUUUGGUGCCGAUGUUGAUCA